AUGUUAGCCCUUAAGAACGUUGCUCUACUCGGCCUCAGUGCCUACGCCACCGCUGCCCCAGUUCAAACCGAGGCCGACAAGCGAGAGACAUCCGUCCUUGACGCUAGCAGCGCCAACGAUGCGUCAGCAGCUGCUCCCUCGAAGCGCCAGGAGGAGGAUCCUCUUGCUGACCAGUACUGGAUCUACUCUCAAGUACCCGGCGUCAAGCGUCAGGUCAACAUUGGCGACCCUCCUCCCAAGGACCCUGAGUCUGGUCUGCCCGUGUGGCCUGCAUUGGCCAAGCGCCAGGAGGAGGAUCCUCUUGCUGAUCUCUACUGGAUCUACUCCCAGGUACCUGGCGUCAAGCGAAAGGAUUAG